CAGAGUAGCCAAGAGCGUGGACGGCUCCUUCUGCUCGCUAUCCCCCAGGCAGUCUGUCACCUAGAAAUUCCCAGGGAAACAGGACCUUCCAGCAGGCUGCCAGCGUUGCCACCUAUCGCACCAACCGAGUACUAGCUGUAGCCUGAGACCUGGGCAAUCCGACGAGUAUAGAUGCUCCCCAGGAUAGCCGGCCACAUUUCACAAUGGCCCUCAAAGCCUAGGCCGUCGAGGGCCGGACUCCCCGCGACUCACGCACAAGCUUCCCAGCUCGCAGCUACACCGAGCAACCGCGCAGUAAACUCCACACGGCGCUUGCUGGAGGCUCAACCCGCACAUUCGACAGGCUCGGGAAUCCCGGAGGACGCUGACUGCAAAGGACGCGCUAGAGGGCGCCCCUGAACGCGGCCUCGCCCCAACAGCCUAGGCGUGGGAUAAAGCUUACCUAACUCCACGCCUUCUCCUCACGUCGUCGUGGUCCCGCCCUUCCCCAGCGCAGAGACUCACAGGACACGUAGUUAAGUACGCCACGUCCCGGCCCCUCCCUGCCCUACUGACUCGGGCCUGACUUCCGGUUUCCUCGCUGGGCCCUGGCCUCCAGCGUUUUUCCAGAGGUGAGGUGCUUGCCCACCCUUCCAGCUCCGCCGCCCGACUCCGCCCCCCUCCGCGGCGCGCACCGCGCAGCUUGUGAGGGAGCGCGCGCCGCUGGGCGUGGAUCUCGCGCGCGUGCUGUUGGGUAAAAGGCCUUCCCCGCGGCCGCACGGCUCCUCUCCUUCGGCUUCUGCAGCCUCCGGUAACCUCCAGGGCCCCUGCCUCUGGGCAGGGUUGUGCCACGGACGCCACGGCCACCGCAAUGGGAGUCCCUCUGCCGCGGUGUCCCUGGUCCGGCCACCUUCGCGGGGGAAGCUACGGCGUCUUCGAGGAAACCGGAAGCCCGCGGUGACCCCUUGCGACCCGGUUCAUUUUCAGUCGGGUUCCAAACAUUGGGGAACUGAAACUCGGUGGCCUCGGGGGCGGCUUUACAUAGCCUGGGUUCUGGCUGUCAUGGAUGCACUAGUAGAAGAUGAUAUCUGCAUUCUGAAUCAUGAAAAAGCCCAUAGAAGAGAGACAAUGACUCCAGUCUCAAUAUAUUCAGGAGAUGAAUCUGUUGCAUCACAUUUUGCCCUUGUCACUGCAUAUGAAGACAUCAAAAAACGACUUAAGGACUCAGAGAAAGAGAAUGCUUUCUUAAAGAAAAGAAUAAGGGUUUUGGAAGAAAAGCUUGUUGGAGCUCAAUUAGAUGAAGAAACAAGUUCUGUGGGACGAGAACAAGUAAAUAAGGCUUAUCAUGCAUAUCGAGAAGUUUGCAUUGAUAGAGAUAAUUUGAAGAGCAAAUUGGAUAAAAUGAAUAAAGACAACUCUGAAUCUUUGAAAGUAUUGAAUGAACAGCUACAAUCUAAAGAAGUAGAACUCCUCCAGCUAAGAACAGAGGUAGAAACUCAGCAGGUGAUGAGGAAUUUAAAUCCACUUGCAUCAAACUGGGAAGUGGAAAAGUUGAGCUGUGAUCUGAAGAUCCAUGGAUUGGAACAAGAGUUGGAACUGAUGAGGAAAGAAUGCAACAAUCUCAAAAUAGAGCUGCAAAAAGCUAAACAAAUGGAUCCAUCUCAGGAAGACAAUCUGAAGAACAGAGAUCUCCAAAGACUGAGCAUUUCAAGUGAUAAUAUGCAACAUGCAUACUGGGAAUUGAAGAGAGAAAUGUCUAAUUUACAUCUGGUGACACAAGUACAAGCUGAACUACUAAGAAAACUGAAAACACCAACUGCAAUCAAGAAAGCCUGUGCCCCAGUAGGAUAUGUUGAAGACCUUGGGAAAGACAGCACGAAAUUGCACUUGAUGAAUUUCACUGCAACAUACAGAAGACAUCUCCCUCUCUCACCAAAUGGCAAAGCUAUUUGUCAUACUCCAUCUUCCCCUUUACCAGGAGAUAUAAAGGUUUUAUCAGAGAAAGCAAUUCUCCAAUCAUGGACAGAUAAUGAGAGAUCCAUUCCUAAUGAUGGCACAGACUUUCAAGAACACAACUCUUAUGGCAGAAAUUCUUUGGAAGAUAAUUCUUGGGUCUUCCCAAGCCCUCCUAAAUCAAGCGAGACAGCAUUUGGGGAAACUAAAAGUAAAACUUUGCCUUUACCUAACCUGCCACCAUUGCAUUACUUAGAUCACCAUAAUCAAAACUGUGUUUAUAAGAAUUAGUUAUGAAGAAAUUCAUGAUUUGAUCAUGAGAACACUAUCAGUGGUUCUUCAAUAGAUUAUUUAAUAAAACUGAAAGUGGAUUUUGAUUAAGAGUUCUUAAGUAUGUACAUAUGAACAUACCAUAUGAUAGUAUAUCGUUGAUUUUUCCAGUAUGAAAGAAGAGUGCCCUCCAGCUCCAUGUUCUAUGAGUCAGAUGUAUGCUACUAUAUGAACUAAUAAAUGUAAGGUGUUUCAAAAAAACAAUUCUGGCUUUAGUAAUUGUAAAAUUUUGCUUUUCAGAUAAAAAAUGGAAAUGGAGAUUUUUAGACACGGUUUUAAAAAAUAUACGAAAUGCCUAAAUAUCCAUUUAUUAAAAUAAAAGGAAGCUUUUAACAUAGGAAAAAACACGUAUGUUGGUUCAGAUCACAUAAAGAAGCAAAAGGUGAUGUGAAUAGGUUAUAGUUCUGUUGACUAGAUGAUGCAUAAAGAUUUGAAAUAUAAUGGAUAAAAGUGUCUAGGUUAUUAUAUACUACUGUGUUUCAAGGUUUAAGAUUUAAAAUAAUUUUUUAGUCACAACUGGAUAAAACUUUAGAAUUGCAGUGUGAAUUCUAAGACUUGAAAUAACUUGACCAUUGAAGCCACCUUUGUCCUAAUACAUUCAAGCCCUAAAUGGAAAAAUAAAAAGAUGAAAUAAUGUGGUGGGUGAAUAAACUUAUAACCUUAUAAACCAUUUAAGUAGAAGUUGAAAGAGUAUUUCACAGGUUACAUUCUAGUUUGUCCCUUCAGUGGUCCGUAAUGAAAAUGUAAAUGUAAUGUAUGUAACCAAAGGGAAUAAAGCUGGUUGUUAUAUAGAGCAUUUUAUACAUUAGACUUUAUUUUGAAGUGCAGUAUUUGGGAAAGUGAUUUUUAUUUAAUUUUCAUUCUAGAACUAAAUUUUGUUCUAUAUGGAAACAGUACAGUCAAAAUGUCCUCAAACUCAUUCUAACUGGGCAAUCAUUUGUGAAUAAGUAAGGAGAUAACAAAGAUUGUUUCACAUGGAAAUUUAAAUUCCUUCAGGGUAGAGAUAUUAAGAAGAGUAGUAGUAAUAUAUUAUUGGUUUAUAUACCUUUUGUCUGGGAUAAAGAGUUUCAUGUAGGAAGAUUAUCCUUUUUAUAGGCAUUUUCAUAUAUCUUGAACUCAAAAGAAUCUCAGAUCUCUUAUAUUACAUACAUAAAGUUCACUGUUCACCAGAUAUUUCUGUCUAUUAUCUUACUUAUUCAAGCUUAUUGUGAUUAAUGGAAUUGGUGCCAGAUGCUGGAAUUUAUUCUGACCAAUGAACACAGCUGACUCAAGGGAGUAGUCUCCUGCCAACUAAUAGAACAAAACCCAAUAUGCAUAAAGCAAUACCAGACUCUAGGCUUUAGCUGAAGGAAGCAACUACCUGUGUAAUAACAAAGCAGCAGAAACUAUUUCUCAUGUGGCUGCAUAUGCUGUAUAUUAUCUCUAAUCCCUAAUGUAGCUUACUGGUUUGUGUAUUUAAAAACCAAGAUUGGAAAUUUACCCAUGUAAAGAAAAUAAGUCUUAGGAGAUAAUGGCUUGAUUAAUGUUUUGAACAAUGCCAAAAAAUUGUUUAAUUAAAAUUACUUUUGUUUGAAAUGGAAGUGAAUGUGAAAUACUGUCUUCUCCUAUACAUCCCAAAGUCUGAUAAUGUCAUUAUUUGAUUCCUUUAAUUUGAUACGUGUAAAAGACAUUUGUUUUGUUAAACUAACAUAAGUGUGUUAGUUCCCUAUAAACAAUAGUAAUAGUAAUGGUAGCUAUCAAGCAGGUAUGCUAGAAAGUCAGUGAUUGAUAGUUUAAAAGUGUCAGAUGAGGUGUGAGACUCAGCUGAAGUGUGAGACUCCUUAACAAGAUAACAUUAAUCCAAAAAUAUUUUAUCCACAGAAUUUUUAAAUAUAAGCUUGAUCAUUUCUGUUCUUGUUAAGAUUCAAAAAUGAGACUAGUCCAUCUGUAGCUUAUCAUUUAUUUACACUGGAAAUUUAAUAUUAACCUUUCAUACUAGCUGAAAUUUAACUCCAAAGAGUUUCCCUUGAAAUUUUCUUUAAUCUUUAGAUUUCUUUUUGUAAGAUAACCCAAUUC